UUUCAAACAAAACCAUCUAAAACACUGUACUAACCUCAACUUUAAUUAUUUUAUCCGUGUUGUGUUUUUCUUUUUAAUUUUCGCCUUGAUUUCCGAUGCGCACUUUUAUUGACGCACAGAUGACGUCACGUGACGCGGCAUCCCGGAAGUUUACAAAUUCCCGCUUCUCCGUCAACAGCAUGAAGUUGACAAAGACUCAGAGGAUCGUCCACGUCAGGGGCAGCAAGGGUCGCAAGGUGGUCCGGGUGGUCCGAGAGCACUACCUGAGGGAGGACGUCCCGUGCCGGAGCGAGCUGUGCGUGGGCGGCUGCAAUAACGAAGGGAAAGUGCUGGCGGCGGGCCUCACCCACUACCUGGUUCCGGAUGUCAAUGUGCUGCUGGACUUUCUGGAGGUUCUGGAGUUCAGAGAGGUUCAGGGGGUCAUCUUCACCCAGACCGGCAGCCAGACCCUGCUGCAGAGCGGAGGACGCAGACUCUACAACCGCCUGCAGACACUCCUCAAAGACCCCCUACACAACUGCGUGCUGUUUGCCAAUGAGUUCCAGGAGAAGUCCUACUGCCCGAGAGAGCUGGGCGAGUCGCAGGAGCAAUGGCAGACCAGGUGCGUCUACUCUGCAGCAGUGUGGUACCACGAUCACCUGGGAGGUCAGAUGGAUAUCGUGAUGGUAACGGAAGAGGAGGCGGCCAUAGCUCGGUAUGGCAGCCAGACCGCCGGGGUCUACGUCAUCUCCCUCCAGGACUACCUGCAGAACUUCCUGCUGGACCUGCAGCCUGCUCACCUGCUCUACACGUCCCUCAGACAGGCUCUGCAGGAGAGGAAGGAGAGCCAGUGGUCUGAGCGGGGGGAGUACCCCGAGCACCUCCCCGCCCACAUCCUGGACGCCGGACUGAAGUCGGGACGCUUCAUCCAGGGAACUCUGAACGUCAACAAACACCGUGCUCAGACGGAAGCCACGGUCUCGGCUGAGGUGCCCUCCAGCAAGACAUCAGAUCCAUGUCGGGAGGUGCUGGUUGUGGGAACCAAGCACCGAAACCGGGCCGUGCACGGCGACUUGGUCGUCGUCGAGCUCUUACCGAAGAGCGAAUGGCGAGGGAUGUUGAUGGCGCUGUCGGACGGUGGGGAGGCAAACGAGGGGCCCGGGGGUGCGGGCGAGACCCCGCCCAUGGCAACAGGUCGGGUGGUCGGCGUCCUGCAGAGGAACUGGAGAGACUACGUGGUGACCUUCCCCUCCAGGGACCCCGGACCCUCUCAGAGCCGCAGCUCCCAGCGCAUCCUGACCGUACCCUGGGACCGCCGCAUUCCCAAGAUCCGGAUCAGCACGCAGCAGUUUGACACCCUGAAGGACCACAGGGUGGUGGUGCGUCUGGACUCCUGGGAAAGUUCCUCCCAGUAUCCUAAUGGACACACUGUUCGAGUGCUGGGCCGCGCCGGCGAGCUGGAAACGGAAGUGCAGACCAUCCUCAUCGAGAACUGCGUGCAGGUGGCGCCAUUCUCGGAGGCACAGUUGAAAGAGAUGCCGGUGAGUUCCCCGGAGCAUCCGUGGUCGGUGGAUCCAUCCCAGGUGCCGGUACGGCGAGACCUGCGCGAAACUCACCUGGUGUUCAGCAUCGACCCUCUCGGAUGUGAGGAUGUGGAUGACACGCUGUCGGUGCGGCGCCUUGGCGAGGGGCUGCUGGAGCUGGGGGUCCACAUUGCUGACGUGACCCACUUUGUCAAAGAGGGGUCACUAACUGACCUGGAGGCCCGCAGCAGGGCGACCACCUACUACCUUGCGGACCGGCGUUUCGACAUGCUGCCGGCCGUCCUCAGCGCAGAUGUGUGUUCUCUGCUCGGCGGCGUGGACAGGUACGCCAUGAGUGUCCUGUGGAAGCUGGAGGCCGCCACCCUCGCCGUCCGCUCGGUGUGGUUCGGUCGCACCAUCAUCCGCUCCUCCUACCAGCUGCACUACCAGCUCGCCCAGGAUCUGCUGAACGGGAAGGCGGCGGACGUCCCGGAGCUGAGCUGCCUGCUUCCUGGAGACAGAGAAGCUCGGCUGGCGGAGCUCCGGAGCUCGCUGGAGAUGUUGACGCACGUGGCCCGACACCUGAGGGCGCAGAGGGACCACGAGGGGGCGCUGGAGCUGGAAGGAGUGGAGGUCCGCGCCCAGCUGGACGAGCAGAGGAACAUCACGGCGCUGGUCCCUCGCCAACCACUGGAGGUCCACGAGACUGUGGCGGAGUGCAUGAUCUAUGCUAACCACUGGGUGGCGCGUAAGAUCCGGGAGGCCUUCCCUCACCAGGCGUUGCUGCGGCACCACCCGCCGCCGCGACAGCACUUCUUCAAGCAGCUGGUGGACAGCGCUGAAGCCCGCGGGUUUCACAUCGACACCAGGUCCAAUAAAGAACUGGCGGACUCUCUGGACCGGGCUGUGGACCCGACCGACCCACUGGUGAACCGGAUCCUGAGAAUGAUGGCCACCCAGGCCAUGUCUCAGGCCCAGUACUGCUCCACUGGGUUCAACUCCCCAGACCACUUCCACCACUACGGUCUGGCGCUGGACCAGUACACGCACUUCACCUCACCGAUCCGGCGCUACGCUGACGUCCUGGUCCACCGACUCCUGACUGCUGCUCUAGACGUGGAAACGGGGCGGAACCACGCCAAAGUGUUGCCCAAUCGAGAACUGGAGGAUCUGGCUCACCACAUUAACGUGAAGAACCGGGCGGCCCAGCAGGUCCAGAAGUUGUCCACAGAGUUAUUCCAGUGUCUCUUCUUCAAGGAGAGAGACCCUGCACUGAACCAGAACCACGAGGACGCCAUCAUUUACUCCAUCAGAGACAACGGAGUCCUGGUCUUCAUCCCCAGGUUUGGUGUGAAGGCUCCAGUGUACCUGAAGAACAAGGAGGGUCUGGUGGUUACCACCGGGGAGGACCAGAGCUGCGAGUGGCAGGCGGGGACCCUGCGGCGCUACGCGGACCACAUCAGAACAGAGUCUGCGAGUGGCAGCGCCACCUUCAGGCUGUUCGACCACAUCACAGUCCAGAUCUCUGUCCAGUCUUCCACUUACCACUCUGACUCUCUGCACCUGGACGUGGUCAGGAACCAGCCCCGCCUGGCUGACUCCUCUGAACCCUCCAGUCUUCAAGGCCGCAAGCAGCUGGUGCAGGAGGUGGUCCGACUGGCCGAGGUGGCCACACAGCAGAAGGACCGCGGCCCAGAACUGUCCCGCGAGGAGAGAGAGUUCCGCCAAAGCAGGGCACCGAACCUGUACCUGCUGCUGGAGGAGAUCCGGGAACUGGCCUUGGCCGAGGUCCGGUCGUAGUUGUUGGUCUGAAGUUUGUGACUGGACUGGUAAAAUAAAGGAGUCAAUGAUGGUUCUGUUGAACAGAGCGGAAGAGAUAAGUGAUGACUCAUCAGAAAGGAUGCGGUAGAAGACUUGUGAAGGUGAAAGGUAGAAGGGACCGAGAAGCUCAAGUGCUGUGGGGAGAAAUGAGAAGAACGGGUGAUGAACUGGACAGAAGGAUGGCUGGUGAUUAGAAGAUCUUUGAGGACGGGAGGACGAAGAAGGGACUGGAAAAGUGUAUAGGGAAGGAUGCUGGAGAAGAGUGAUGGAAGAGAUGUAGCACUCGGUGCUGGAGUACACAGAGAGAUCUCCAUGUGACAGGCUGAUGAUGGGACUGGUCUGAAAUGAGUUGGAGUGAAGACAAGUCGGACGACUGAGUUGAAGUCACUGGUUCUUAGGUCGAGUCCUCACAGCAAAAGCUUCAGGCAGGUAGUCAUAAUGUCACCAGCCUACUGUGAUCAGACUCCUGAUGCCAACAAUUGAAAUGAUGGACAAACAGACUUCAGUUGUUCAACUUUAUUAACACUUUAAAACAAGUAAAUAGAACUUUAACAUGUGACCAUCAAGACUUCCCCCUGAGCCGACUGGUUCCCACAGAACCCAGGUGAAGGUCAUGGCCAUCUCACUCCAGGCCCCUGCUUUUCACUCCCUCAUGUUGGAUGGAUCCAACACUGGGGACGACUCAGUUGGUGGGGUGUCUUCUAUCGACAAGGGCGGCUUUGCAUCCACCGAUGAGGGUUCUUCAAUAUCAGCUUGGGAUGGAUCAACCGUUGAGCAGGUGGGUUCCAUCGAGGGGGGCUCUUCCAUGGAUGCGGUUAUUUUCUCUGGUGAGGUGGGAUCCAUCCAGGCCGGUUCCUCCCCUGAUGUAGGUGGAUUCUCAGCUGGGGAUGGAUCCACGCUGGGUGUGAUCUCCUCCUCCAUGAGGGAUGUGCUGUCGUUGAUGGUCUCAGCUUCCUCCUUUACCAUCGGAUCGACUGUUGGUGGGUCUGCAGCUGCAAGAGGGAGUCACGUCACUGGCUUCUUCUAUGAACCCGGAAUCAUAUCGUCAAAGAAGGUGAAUUUGAUGUGGAUAAGAAGCAGGAAAAGGAUGAUGGAAGUCAAGAGGCAGGUUGAGAGGAGGAAAUGAAUGGCGGAACGAUGAGAUGCUCUCAAGAUCUCAGAAGAUCUAGACAGAGAGCUGUCAGUCAUCUCACCUGCGGCCUUCUGACGGGUGAGUCUUCUCUCCAGGGCUUUCAUCCGGUUCAUCUCCAUGCGGUGCUGUUGCUCUUCAGUGAGAGAGGGCGGGUCCGGGGACACCACGGGCGCGGGUUGAGGUGCCGGUGUGGAGCUGACGGCCCACUGGACGUUGGCAGGGAAGACGCUGAACGGAUCCGAAUCCAUCACCGUCUCUGGCUCCACCUGCUCCUCUCCACCUGAGACAGCGGCGGUGUUCAGACGUCUCUUGAGCCACAGUGGCCGACCUGCUCUUACCUUCUUCUCCUCCGAAGUCCUCAUGGAUCAGCGGCAUGUCCAGACGGAUCCGCUUCAGACACGUCUGUCAGAGGGGCCAACAGUGACGUCAGACAUCGUGACGCCAGUCGUCGCUUCGACCUUCUUGUGCUACAGCCUGGACCCAACUACUGCUGAGUCACUGACUGGGUCGAGGCCGGUGAAGAGAGGAACGACACCCAAGUCAGUUUCUCACCUGCACAUCCUUCUUGCUGCCGAGUCGUUCCACGCGAUCUAUGAAGUCUUCAAACUGCAGUUUAGGAAACAGUCGAUGCGCCCAGUUCUCCAUUCGGCUCAUCAGCACACGCAGGUCCUCCUGCUGCUCCACCAACACCACAGAGUGAGAGCAAGAGCCUGUGCCUGUGCCUGUGCUUGUGUGCGCUUACCUCAUGUCCUCGACCUCUAAAAGGAGUGUCUUCAAACAAGGUGCGCAGAGCAGGCAGUCCUCGGCCCGACGUCAGUCUGGAGGCGUCACACAGAGACAGAAUGACGUCAUCAGUCAAGAUCAAACAUCGGGCUCAUUGUGAUGACAUCAUCACCUGUUUGAGUCCAGUUUGGGUUGUGGCCGCUUGACAGACUUCCUUUUGGCCUCAGGAACGUCAGCCAGUUGAGAGACUUCACCUGGAGCGACAACAUUGAGACGUCGGUGGAGGAAGUGGAGGGAAGGCUUCAUCUUCCACAGCAUCGUGGUCCAUAAGUUCACCCACCAUGUUUGGUCUGAAAGUGACCGAUGAGACAGAAUAUAGUGACUCUGAUCUAAUCCACUGCAAGUGCAUUUGUAACUCGUCAAUCCUUCAUCUAUAUAUGACUAAAACACUUGGGCUACUUCCUUAUAUCCAUUUAAAAUACCAGAACGAGGUUUUACAUUCGCCAUAUAGUUAUGUGAUUUGCGAUACCAGUGCGGUAAUAACGCUUAGCCUUUAUGUACUAGCGCCGAUAUGUUAAUAAUGUCCUUUUGAUCAAUACAUAUCCUUCCUUAUGACUCAUAAAAAUUUUAUAUUCGUAUUUGAUCACUAUAAUCAAUUAUUGUGUGCACUGAUCUCAAUUUUCCUACUCACCAGAUAUAAACAGUAGUAACAGCGUUUGCUCGCCUCUGGUUCAGAUACACGCCGUAUUCGAUCAGAACAAAAGUCAGCAAACUGCUUAAACGGUUCGAAAACUCGACCGCAGAUUUGUUUACGUUGUCGUCAACCACUCCGGGCUCACUCAGUCUUCAAUGUUCGCGCGUAGUGACUGGGAACAAUUUCCGCAUUCUGACGCAACAUCCGCUGAUUGCAAAAUAAAGGCACGACAUAAUUAAACAGUCAAAGCACGUUUAAUUCUUCGUCUUGUCUUACGGACUUGUUUAUUUUUAUUGGUGUGUGCAAUCGUAACAUAACAUUUUUUCUUUCGCAUUCACAGAAAAGGGCUCCAGAGUGAUAAUUACAUUUUAUUUUGAAAUGUCGACAAGCAAACCGCAUUUGAGCCAUUGUGGGCAUAAAAAUGUCUUGUAAUGAAUCAAAGGCGAGGCACUUCAAAGAUUCUAAUGUUUAUUUCUGCAGAUGCGUCGUCGUUUUCGCUCUUUUUUAAACCUCUUCCUGCUAUUAUUUCUGCUGGGUUUUCUUUUUUCUUUUUUUUUUUUUUGUUGUUUUUCACUUGAGGACAAGUUUUCCCAAAUGUCAGCUGUCCUUGUCUUAUUGCGGAUUUUCUUGCUUUAAUUUAAAUGAAUAUUUCGUUAGAUUGCUGGAUUCAAAAUUAACAAGUGUUCUAUAAUUUUGUGCUUGAAUUUAGUGUUGUAUCAGUAAAAAAUAUUUUUAUAAAAACAGAGUGUUGUAGAGGAAGUGGAAGUAAGAAGCGAGACUCAAAUCCCUUCAGCGUGUGCUAUCAUGGCUUCUCCUGGGGUGUUUCCCCAGCUGGGCCAGGGGGAGAGGAACACAGAAUAAAUUGAAGUCCAACACAAAAGACCAUGUCCUAGAUUGCAGUUAAUGGAUCACGAUCAAGGAGGGUAAGAGCAACGUUGAAAGGAGGAAUGAAAAUAGCUUGCAGACUUCCAGAGAGAAUCCAAGACCGGCCACUUUGACUUUUGGAGGAGAGAAGGUCCAAGUCAUGGGUGAUGGAAACAAGGGAAGGGUUGAAGAGGUGAAGCUCUUGGGAGUUUGAUGAUCGAGGAAAGGUGGAGAACCUGCAGGCAACAAAGAAACCAUGGCCUGGUCUUCAGUUUUAGCGCAUUUAUUAUGAAAAAUGUGCGAGCGGGGGUUUGGGUUCGUCCGCGCUCUAGUUGAAUCGGAUCCGUCGUAUCGAGCCCACUGUGUUGUUUUGGCUGUUCCAGUCUGUGAAGCUGUUGUAGUCGCGCUUCUCCAGGAUGUAGUGAGGACCCCUGAAGUUGGGCUCCUGGUAAACCACCCACCUGCACGGACAGACGGUUAGCUUCAGCGUAUCAUCGACCACAUUCGUCCAGGUGGGCACUUACGCUCCUCCCAGAACCCGGAUGGAGGCGACUCUGUUGAGGCUGAAGCGACUCAUGAGGUUGGGAAUGUCGUCAUGAAUCUCCAUCUUCUUGCCAGAGAACCCGGCGCG